AUGGAAGCUGAAGCAUCCGCGAAUCAGUUGAGAACACCAACAAGACGCAUGUCGAUAUUUGAUGUUUUUCGUUUGCGACGUCAAGAGUUGAGUAGUGCUUCGAGAAGCGAAAAACGUGGCAUCGGAAAGGAGAGCGGCAGCUCGAAACGUCGCAGUGAUUUCUUGAAACGUUCGAUGACGAGUAUUGUGGGUGUUGGAGAGGACGAUAGGCAUAGUGCAGAUGUUCCGGAUCAAGAUGGCGAUCUGUUCCGUACACCGAAUCCAGCUCCAGACCGCCUUCAUCCACGCAUCCCAGCCAAGAAGGCGAAACGUUUAUUGGGUAUCGAAACACCACCGAGCCAAGCGUUAGUGCCUUUAAUAUUUUCGAUAAUUCAAAUUAUCGAAAGAAUUUUGCAGCCACUCUUUUUUUGCAGGUUUUGUUUGACUUUUUUUGAAACAUUCAUUUGUUAA